UGUUCCAAGAAUGUUUUCUUUUAGUGGCACACAUGGAAUAAAUUGAAAAGUGUGGUAAAGAGUAAAUAUUAGCAGACGCGUAACUACUAUAAUCCUUGAUAAGGUUCAGUAAUCUAAGGCUUACAGAACCGUAAAUACAGAAUCCAGUUAUUUAAUAUUUACAUUUAAUAUACGUAGGUACAGUUUUUCUUACUGUGUGUGAAUAUGAGUUCGGAACUUACCGAGGAUCAAAGAAAUGUACUAAAAGCCAUCGUACACAAUGAAAGUUUUUACAGUUUCGAUGUACAACGUGCUACUCCAAAAGGAGAGGGAUAUAUGGGAUCACUCUUCAAUAUAUCACUCAAGGGAGAGAGAAAUAAUCUGGAACUAAUUUUUAAACAAGCAGAGCCCACCGACAAUGUGGAACAUAAAAUGUUUGUAAGGAAUGCUUACCUAAGAGAAAUUUACAUUUAUAACAACGUACUCAAUCAAUUUGAAAAUUUUCAAAAGGAGAAUAAUGUGAUCAAUGGAUUUACAGGAUAUGCAAAGAUAUAUGGAAGCAGUGAUAAAGAGAAUAAUGAGUAUAUAAUAUUAGAAAAUUUGAAAGGAAGUGGUUAUAAAAUGUGGAAUAGGAAGGUGCCUAUGGAUGACGAACAUGUAGCUUUAGUGUUUUCUGAGUACGGAAAAUUUCAUGCCGUUUCUUUAGCUAUGAAAGAAAAAAGUCCAGAUUUGUACGACAAGCUUACGGAAAACCUUGACGACUUCUACGGUAGAUCAAUGUCUGUCGAGGAAUCUAAGGAAAUGAUAAACAAUGUAUUGCAAAUUGGCUUCAAGGCAGUCGAAAGUAAUGAUUCAGCUGCUCAGUUAUUUAAGAGAUUUGCAGAUGUUGCAGAAAAGUUCUUAUUGGAAGACAUGCAAAAUCUUGAUGAACAACUGGUAGUUACACAUGCUGACUGUUGGUGUAAUAAUAUGCUGUUUAAGUACGAGGGCACUCAGGAAAUUCAAAAACCAAACGGGGUUUGUUUUAUCGACUGGCAGUUAUCGAAAAUUGGUUCUCCAGUUCUAGAUUUAGCAUACUUUUUCUUCGUUUGUACCACUGGCAACAUUCUUCACGACUAUAAGAAGUAUUUGAAAAUAUAUCACGAUUCAGUUACUGAGUUACUAAUACAGUUCUCCUGUGAUGUGGAAAAGGUGUUUCCUUUUACUUUAUUAGAGUGUCAUUGGAAAAAAUAUGCCAAGUUUGGACUUUAUAUUGCUUUAAUGACAUUAAGUUUCAUGUUGUGCGAAACGGAGGUUCCGAAUUGGACUGAAUUUAUAAAAUAUGAAGAAUCCGAUAGAGAGGAGAUUGCAUUUGAAGGUGGUAGUGGUGUUAGUGAGCAAGGCCAAAGAAUUAUAGAUAUCAUAAAUGUUAUGGCACAAAAUAAUUUAAUUUAAAAUAAUUAGUUUGAAUCAAUAAAUUAAUUAA